GGGGGAGCCAGCCACCGGGAAAUGCUGAGCCUGCUGGGGGAGGGAGUUCAGGGGUUAAAAGCCAUGGGUCGGGGCUGAAGUUCUAGGUUGCUGGCGCCUGAAGUUCCUCACUGGGGCCCCUCACUCAGGCCCCGCCCGCUCUGACCCCCACGCCGGAGCCGCGAUGUGGCCCCUGGCCGCUGCCAUCGCCUCCCUGACCGUGGCCUUGUCAGGAGGCAUCUCCCGGGAGUCUCCCAAAAUUCUCAACAGCACCAAUGGGACCAGCGGGUUUCUCCCGGGUGGCUACACCUGCCUCCCACACUCCCAGCCCUGGCAGGCAGCCCUGCUCGUGCAGGGGCGGCUGCUCUGCGGGGGAGUCCUGGUCCACCCUCGAUGGGUCCUCACGGCAGCACACUGUAGGAAGGAUGGGUACAGAGUUCACCUGGGCAAGCAUGCCUUGGGGCGCGUGGAGACUGGCCAGCAGGUGCGGGAGGUGGUCCGCUCUGUCCCCCAUCCUGAAUACCAGGUCAGCCCCACCCACCUGAACCACGACCACGACAUCAUGCUGCUGGAGCUACAAUCCGAGGUCCAGCUCAGCGGCCACAUCCGCACCCUGCCCCUUUCCCAGGAUGAUUGCCUGCCCCCUGGCACCUGCUGCCGGGUGUCCGGCUGGGGCACCACCACCAGCCCCCAGGUGAGUUACCCCCAAACCCUACAGUGCGCCAACAUCCAGCUACGCUCAGAUGAAGAGUGUCAUCAGGUCUACCCAGGGAAGAUCACGGCCAACAUGCUGUGUGCCGGCACCCCAGAGGGUGGGAAGGACUCCUGUGAGGGCGACUCCGGGGGGCCCCUGGUCUGCAACCGCACGCUGUACGGCAUCAUCUCCUGGGGAGACUUCCCCUGCGGGCAGCCCAACCGGCCUGGCGUCUACACCCGCGUCUCCAAGUACGUCCAGUGGAUCCGUGAAACAAUCGGAGAACACCGAAGCCAGGAGCGGAAGUGGACAAAGGGCACUCAGUAACCGCGGGCUCGAGUGGCCUGCCGCCGCCUCCCAUCAUGCCCCCUCACCUUGCUCAUCCCAGCUCUGUCCCUUCUUCCCCGACUGCUGCAUUUGAACCAGUGAUUGCUGUUCUCAAAAUGUCCCCAACGUGCCAGGUUUCAAGAUCGCUCAAGGCGGGUCUUGUGGUCUCCCAGACAUCCCACCCCAGAAACACUCCACUAACUCACACCAGGCAACACCUGCGUCACCACUGAGGCUGCCAUAGGGCCCAGGACGUGUGUGCCCUGUGGUGGUGACUUCCUUAAAUCCCUCCACCUGCCGUGCUCACAGUGUUCCUAGUCAGUGAAGAGACCUCCCUGAGGAUCCUGGAACCCUCCAGGUAUUGGUUCACGGCCAGUGUUCUAGUUCCUGCUCUAUCCUACACUCAAGAAGAUUCCAGACUCCCGUGAGACUUCUUCCUGAAAACUCCUCUACCCAGAAUCUUCAGCCCCGGGACAACACUCUAGGCAGCCGAGUGACUCAUCCUGGCUCACUCUGGAGCCUCAGCAUGGUCCUCUCACACUGCUCAUGGAGGUCACCCAACCUACCGCCCCCAUUCUGCAAUGCCCGCCCCUGUCAAUGUUCCCUCCUCUGAAUUCCUGUCCCCACUAAGGAUCCAUGGCGCACCAACCUCCACAGUGCCACAGUGCCACAGUGAUGGGGUUCACUAUCCCAAAGGGUCGCUGUGCUGGGCCACCAAGUACUCUGUCCUGAAUCUCCCAUGAGCAUCUAUGUUACAUGUCCCUUGUUUUUAUAUCAUUGCCGACUUCAUUGUUGAGGUGACCCGUCCUGCACCAGAGUGACGGCCGUGGAAGAGCGGAGAGGAAUUCUGGUUGAUGGGAUUGUUGGGGACAUCUGACGUGGAACCCCGGAGAGUGAGCAGGAGAGUCAGAGACCCUCCAACCUGGCCUGAGUCCAGAGGGCCCAACAGGGAGUUUGUUUUGAGCGGUUUAUUGGAAAGCCAGCUGAAAACAGACCUGGCCCUGGGGGAAUUUAUAGAAAAUAAAACCACAAAUGAGGUCACUGCAGACUGGAAUGAUCUCUGUGUGGUCAUAAUAAAUGUGGCCAUUUCCAUGAAGAAUAUAAAAAGGGUUUCAUGAGAAUUCGCUAGCCUAGGAGGGCCCCUCGAAGGAGGUGACCAUGGGGGAACUUCUCUGAAAGAGGGAGCUGCCAGGCAGGUCCCAGGGGUUGGAGGUUAGCCUGUCCUGGGAUCUGAGGAAAGCCAGUGGGACUAGAGUGCUGUUGGAGUGACGGGAUAUAAUCAUCCAUAUUGUUUUUGGCUUUCGUCCACGGUUCUGGCUCACAGCUCCUUCAACCCUGUUAUUUCCCAUGUAAGUAGAGAAAUAAGAAUGUCUUUCGUCAAAGUAUUUGACUAUUUGUCCAUUGGCUCCUGAAGCAGCCCCAGAUCAGCAUCAGAGUACUGAACAUAAAGGACAUUCCUGUGUCCCCUACAAGUUCUUUCAAACACACCUGAACUUUAGUAAAUGAGGCAAGUUUUGGAGAGUCCCUGGAAAACCAUUGGGGAGGGGGGGUUACCAGGGGAACCAGCCCCUGCGCUGAGGGCUGCAACUCCAGGAAGGGGCAGGGACUGAGGUCUCAGCAGAUCACCAGUGACUGGUGGGUUAACCAAUCAUGUCUGUGCAAUGAGCAACCACAAAAACAAAAACAAAACAAGAAAAAAGAUUGGACACAGAGCUUGCAGUGGCUGAACACACCCAGGAGGGCAAACAAGAGCACAUCCUCCUUCCGGGGGGGAUGCACCCCAACUGAAGGGGACAGAGCGCCUGAGUUCCAGGUCCUUCCAGACCUCGCCCUGUGUAUCUCUUCAUCCGCUGCUUAUUU